GAGCGAGAGAGAGCGAGUGUUGCGUGAGAGCAACGCGCCACGAGACACAAGUUGGAGUCGCGGAGAAGAAGCGUCAAACCUGAAAGCUUGACCUUGUAUUUUUUUUCUCCACCUUGCUAUCCGUAGAGGAAGAAACAAUCGGGAUACCACCAAGAUACUGGCGACCGCUAUUCUGAUCUGGUUUCUGGUCAUGUGCGGAGGAGACUUCAUGGGGACCGGAUUCAGGCGGGCGUGCCCUCACACAGCACAAAUCCACCAAGGCAUAUCUAAACUUUCUUAAAGUAUUUGGCCACCGGGGUGAUGGUGCACUGCUAGCCGAGUCGUCGCAAAAUGCCCGGCAAGAAAGACCCCAAGAAGGACGACAAAAAGAAGGGUGGGAAACCCGAACCCGAGAAAAAGAAAGAGGAAGAAAAGAAAGGGAAGGAGGACAAGAAAGGAGGGAAGGAUGACAAGAAGGGAAGGAGGAAUGAUAAAAAAGGGGCUAAGGAUGACAAGAAAGGGAAGGAUGUCAAGAAAGGAAAGGAGAACAAGAUGGGAGGAAAGGAUGAUAAGAAGGGAGGUAAAGACAAAGGAAAGGGAAAGAAAGUGGAAUCAGACGAGGAGGAGGAGGAGGAGGAUGAAUUCCUGGAUGAUGAAGAAGAUGAGGAAGAAGACUUGAGCGAAGAAGAGGAAGAGGAGGAGGAUUACAGGAGGGCUCGUGCAGGACGAGGACGCGGGGCGGCGGAGAAGGGAAGACGAAGAAGAGGCGGCAAAGACUCGGAAGAAGACGAGGAGGAAGAGGAUGAAGAUGAUGACGAGUAUGAAGAGGAGGAACUCAGAAAGAAAUCGAAAGAUGGCCACCACCACCACCACCGCCAUAAGGAUGGGAGGUCAGAUGUCGAUCCGAAGAGGAAAGGGAAGACAAGCGAGGAAACGGCUCCGAUUCCCAGUCGGGAAAUCCCCAAAAAAGGCCUCAAGAACAUGUCCCGCAUGUUCAUGAAGUUUUCUGGUUUCAAGCGGCGCAGAAACAGCCGGAAGAAGCUCAAGAGCACCUCACGCUUGUUCCUCGGACUGGGCAAGAGACGCAACCGACUGGCCAAGAAGAAACGUCGCAAGUCGAUGCUGAAGAACACGUCUCGCUUCAUGAUGAGGUUCAAGGCCAGCAAAAAGCAAAAGAAGGAGGCCAAGGAGAAGACCGCAAGCGACGGCAAGAAGCGCACCUACAUGCUGCUGCGCCUGGGCGGCAACUCGUCGGAGAAGAAGGGCGGAUUCUUCAAGGGCUUGUUUGGAAAAAAAAACGGACUCGCCGGCUCCAUCGGUGGACUCAAAGGCAGGAGUGCAGUGCUCGGUCGGGUUGCCGCGGCGGCUAAAUGGCUGAACAACCAUUUCGUUUUCAACAAGAUGCGAGGACGCGCUGAGCAGAAGUACUUGGAGGAACAGCGUGAGCACAUCCGCCGACGCCACCUCUAUGGGUACCACAAUGGUGGCUAUGAGCACUGGGAAGACCCCGAUGAAUAUCAUAGUUACGGACACUUUGAUUACAGCUAUGGCGGUUACGGCGACGAGGUACAAUUUGGUGGACAAGGUCCAAGGAGUUACUAUGAUGAUGGAGCUGGGGCAGACUACGGGGACUUGGGGUACUACGAAGAUGAGGGCAUCUACGACCCCAAUGCGGAAUAUUAUAGGCAAGGUCUUUAUGACGAGAACGCAGAGGCCUACUAUGACCCCCAGCUGGUUGCCCAAGGGUACUACGACAACCAGGAACUAGCAUUAUAUGGCUACCAGGAACAACCACAAGCGAUGCCAAUGGACAAUGAAGUGGGUCUAGACUCCUAUGCGCCAAUGGGUGAGGACCCAGGAUAUGGACUUCAUCAGGCUCAGGUUCAUUAUGAUGCUAAUGGCCAAGCGGAUUAUUAUGACAACAGUCAAGCUUAUUUCAACAAUGUCCACGCAGCAGCUUUUGGAAUACAAAGCGAAGCUCUACCAAACUACCAUGAUGCUGGCGGCGUGCCCUACCAGGAGCACGACAACUCUCAGCUGAUGCUUGGUUAUCCUCCAGGAGGCCAGCAAGUGAUGGAAGUACAGUCUCUGUAUGGGGACCAGAACGCAGACCAGGUGGAUCAACAUGGGGGAGAUUCUGGGUGGCUUCAGGGGGGUGAGACAUUCCGAGUUCCCAGACCUCAAGUGCGUCUCUUUGGAAAAGAGCGCCUUGAAGUACAACUCCCCCCUCCACCUAAUCUUCCGCCCGAUCCAGAAUUUGAAGACAUGUCCGAUAUCCAGUACGAAGACCAGAUACCUCUCGCACCAGGUCAUUCGACUGGCAUAAUGUUCGAACAACAAUUGAUAUCUCCGCAAGAACAAAUGAUGAUGCCCCCAAGGCAACUCAUGCCAGCGAUGUCACCGCGGCAGCAAACCUUCGUGGAGCGAAAUAUGGUACCCGAAAUGCUGCCACUUCAGGUUAUGUCCCCACAACACAUGUUAACCCCCCAACAAGGGAUGUUGUCUCCAAUGAUUAUGCCCCAAUCGAUAAUGCCGCCAGAGGAGCAAGUGGCAAUAUCACAGCAACCGGCGACGUCACCGCAAAUGAUGCUUCCCCAAAGAGUGAUGUCACCUGAGGAGCAGAUGGUGUUGCAGCAAACGAUGAUGUCAUCUCACGAACAGAUGAUGUUGCAACAGCCGAUAAUGUCAUCGCAAAUGAUGAUUCCCCAUGCAAUGAUGUCACUGGAAGAACAUAUGAUGUCACCCAAUCCACCGAUGAUACCCCGACAGGCUUACGGCCUCCCGUCAGUCCCCUCGCCAACUGCAAUGAUUAUCAAGCAAGCAGGUAUGUCCCGACCCCUUCCUGCCUACCGCAUGCUAUCCUCUCCCAACCCAUCGCGGCGCUCUGUCAUGGUCCCCCCACCUCAGGUACCACGUGACCCCAAUCCUACGACCUCAAGGAUACCCUCACCAGUCAUGCCACAAAGGCAAAGCUCCUCCCCACAUUCAGCCAUUAGCAAUAAGAUGAUAAAUGUCCAAAGACCCCCCUCUGCCAUUUCGCGGAAGAUUUCGCAUCCUCCCUCUCCCGUGGCCUCCCCUCUGGCUCAUCCCAGAAUGCAAGCUCGGUUCCCCCAGGCUGGGAUACCCCCGCCAUCAUUUUCACCCCGUGCUAGCAUGAUUCAGCGAAGCCCUCCACCAUCACCGAGGACCUCAAUGAUACAGCGCUCUCCUCCGUCGUCACCGCGUGCCUCGAUAAGGAUGCAAAGUCCACCGACAACACCCGCUCCUGCCAGAAGUCCAUUUGGAGGGAGGAGGUUGACUGAAUAUCCUCCUCCGGAUCCUGUAUCUCCUGCCUUCUCUCCUCAACUCAGCAGAAGGCAAUCUCCCACUCAAUCUCACCGAAGUUUGUCACCCCAAGAGCGUGGACCAGCAUCUCCCACGCUCUCCCGUCGUUCGACUCGGGUAAUAAGGGAUCCCACACCACUAACUAGACCCAGGAUGGGGGGCAAUGUUCCCUUAGGAACUGUCAGACCAUCCCCUAUGGGGCUCAGAGGGCGUCCAGUACCCCCACCCACCCAGAAUGUGCGUCCAUUCCGUGCCGCUUCUAUAAGAAGCAAUAGAUCAUCUGUUCUUACCGUAGACUCUUCUCAUCAGUCUUCUCCUUUUCAGUCGCCUCACCUGAUACAUCGUGCUCCCCUUGUGAGGCGUGAGUCUGGCCGUUUUCCUCCGCGCCCGGUGGCCCGUGGGCGACCACUUGUGGCCCAAAAUUCCUUGAGGAGGAUACCUCCCGGUUCUCCCUCGCUCAGGCACAUUUCACGUCCUGCAUCCCCACGCCUCUCUCCUCGACAUUCUCGUACGUCCACCCCACUCUUGCCUCCUCCCGGCGUCCAUCCUCCAGAGCUGUAUGGCUCGACCCUGUAUGUGGAUCCUUUCACCGACCCAGUUGCUCCACCUGGUGCCAUACAAAAUCAAACUAUCAGACAGGCUACUUUAUCUUCCCCUUGUGGCCUUCAAGCCGGCCCAGUGGUCGAGCCGCAUCUUCCCUCAUCGCCUUUUCUCCCUGCUGCAGUGCAAAAACAAGCACUUCAAGAUGGCUUCAACCAUUCCCCAUUGGCCACCCACGGGUCACCUGUGAUACCUUCUGCGUUUUUGUCAGAAGCGAUGCAGAAUCAAGCGGUGAGAGAGACAUCCCACAUUUCUCCUUUGCAGAGGUCACAAUCUACCUAUGAGCAACCUAGUGCCCCUUCCUCCCCAAUGUUAUCCAGAGCCUUACAAAACCAGGCAGUCAGAGACGCAUCUUAUGCUUCCCCACUACAAAGGUCAGAAUCUCCUUACGAGCAGCCCAUGGCCCCCUCCUCCCCAAUGGUGUCCAGAGCACUACAAAACCAGGCACUGAGAGAUGCAUCCUAUGUUUCUCCUCUACCAAGGCCGUUAUCCCCUUAUGAGGAGCCUGUGGCCCCUUCCUCCCCAAUGGUUUCCAGAGCGCUGCAAAACCAGGCACUGAGAGAUGCCUCCUAUGUUUCUCCUCUUCCAAUGCCUCAGUCCCCAUAUUCCCCGCCUGGGCCUUCGUCCCCACUGCUUUCUGGAGCCAUGAGACACGGUCAAGCACUCAGAGGUGUGGCUUCCUAUCCCACUCCGCAGUUCCGCACGCCAUAUGGACCUACAUAUGUUACCGGGUACGAUUAUAUAUCUGAGCCUGGCCCAGCACCGCUGCUCUAUGACGCUUUGCAGAACCGCGCCGACUUUCAGAGCGUUGCGUCUUUAAGGUCCCCAAUGAUACAGAGCCCUUACGGACCUGUCAGCCCCAAGCUGCACAGGGCACUGCAGCAGAACCCAAACCUCCGCCAAGCAUCCUAUCAGACUCCUUUGCGACUCAGAUACCCCUACGGACCCCCGCAACCUUCUUCACCGAUGCUGACGAGUGCCAUCCACAAUCCACAGAUUAUUCAGGCGUCAUACAGGAUGCCAAAUGGAACUUUAGUGUUGCCUUAUGUGGAACCACGUUCCUCACCGCGGCUCAGUCAAGCCUUGCAAAACCAGCAAAUCCGGGGAGCUUCAUACAUCUUGCCUGAUGGAUCAAUUAUCACGGACCCUCGAAUUCCCCAGAAACCGAUGUCUCCCGACCUUGCCAGAGCGCUUCAGAACCAGGAUCUCAGGACUGCUACGUACACCCUACCCGAUGGCUCAAUUAUCGACCCUAAACACCAACAACCAGUUUCCCCAGACCUCGCUAAGGCCCUAAAGAACCCUGCAUUACGUGAAGCAUCCUACUCGCUGCCAGACGGUACUGUCCUUAUCGACCCGAAAAAAUCAAAAUCUCCUGAUGUCGCAGCAGCACUUCAGAACCCAUAUCUGAAAUCGGCAUCGUACACCCUGCCCGACGGCACAAUCAUUAUCGACCCACGGAAGCCCGUCUCUCCGAGUCUUGCCAAUGCCCUUCAGAACCCCGUCCUCAGGAAUGCCUCCUUUAACCUGCCGGAGGGAGUUCGAGACCCCAAUACACCCAUCUCGCCAGACUUGUUACAGGCUCUUAAUAACCCGGUCUUGAAGGCGUCAACCCUCACCCUUCCUGAUGGAACCAUGAUCCUCGACCCAAAAAAACCAAAGAGUCCCACUCUGACCGCUGCCCUUCAGAACCCCUACCUUAAGGGUGUGUCGUACACCCUGCCUGACGGAACCGUCAUCAUUGACCCGCGUAAACCGCUCGCUCCCGACUUGUCAAAAGCUCUUUCCAAUCAAAACAUUCGGAAUGCUUCUUAUCAACUGCCUGAUGGUUCCCUGGCCAUCCCUGGUCAGCACCCUGCGACUCCAAACCUCACUGCUGCUCUGCGGAAGAACAUGACCCUUUGUUCUUCCGAUCUCUUCCACCUCCCACAAAACUCUCCAUUCACGGGGGCACCAAAACCCGACAGUCCGAACCUUUCCUCUGCACUGAAGAAUGAUGAUCUGCGUGGCAUCCGUUAUAGGCUGCCCGAUGGUUCUGUUCUGACAAGACGGUUUCACAAUCCCAGCCUGGCCAACGCCAUCCAAAACCAGCAGCUUCGCUACGCUUCGUACAGACCCCCGACAGCGCUGUACGGCACGGAUAAUCGCUAUGCUGCAGUCCCACCCUACGGGCCGCACUCAGGCCACUGGGCACGGAAUACCAGUGGCGCUGGCAAAAUGGUGGAGGAUGUGUGGGCAGCUGAGAGAGUUUUGCCUCACGGAACGGUCCAGCAUCUGGCCAAGUGGUCUAUGUAUAGGGAGACCGGUGUUUUGGACGGCUAUUUACCCACGGCCACCGUCGACAACGGAGAGCUUCAGGAUCCAGACUGGACUCCGGUCCGAGAGAGGGUUCCUGGGCAGAGCUGGUAUGACAAGAUCUACUCUAUUCUAAGUAUGCCAACAACCAGCCACAGGGUGAAGCGCUGGGCCGAGGGCAUGGAAGACUUGACGCAGCUGCCUGAACUGAAUGAGACCACUGUCCUUAUGAACCUGAAGAAACGCUACGACCAGGAGCUCAUUUACACGUACAUUGGCAGCAUCCUGGUCUCCCUCAACCCCUACAAGCUGCUUAACAUUUACGGCACAGACAUGGUACUGCAGUACGAGGGACAUGGCCUGAGCGACAACCCUCCUCAUCUUUUUGCCCUCGCUAAUCUCUCCUACACCAACAUGAUGGAUGCCAAAGACAACCAGUGUAUUGUGAUCAGUGGAGAAAGUGGCUCGGGGAAGACGGAAGCCGCCAAAGUGAUCCUCCGCUACCUGACAGCCAUCCAUCACAAGCGCAACGUGACGCAACAGAUCGAGAUCCUGGAAGCCACGCCCCUAUUGGAGUCCUUUGGUAAUGCCAAAACGGUGCGCAACGACAACUCUUCACGUUUUGGCAAAUUCACGCAGAUCUGCAUGGAGGAGGGUGUAAUCAGCGGUGCCAUCACGUCUCAAUACCUGUUGGAGAAGUCUCGCAUUGUCUUUCAGGCCAAAUCAGAGAGAAACUACCACAUCUUCUACGAGAUGCUGGCGGGCCUUCCUCCGCACGAGAAGCGCUCGCUUUAUCUGCAGGAUGCUGAGACCUACUACUAUCUCAACCAGGGAGGCGAUUGCAAAAUUGCCGGCAAGGACGACGACGAGGACUUCCGCCGGCUACUGAGCGCAAUGGCCAUCUUGCGCUUCACUGGCGAGGAGCAGAAGGCCAUCUACCGGCUCCUAUCCUCCAUCCUCCAUCUCGGCAACGUCUACUUCCAGUCGCAGCAGGCUGGCGGCGGUCCGGAGUCAUCGGCGGCGAUGGUGGUGAGCACUCAGGAGAUCCGAGUGGUCGCCGAGCUGCUGCAGGUGUCGCCCGAAGGCCUGCAGAAGUGCAUCACAUUCAAAGUCAUGGACACCGUCAGGGAAAAGAUCGCCACUCCGCUCACCGUGGAGAGCGCCGUGGAUGCCAGAGACGCCGUUGCCAAGAUCCUCUACUCGCUGCUCUUCAACUGGCUGACGGAGCGUAUCAACGGACGGGUGUACCCCCGCAACGAGGCACUCUACAUCUCCAUACUGGACAUUUAUGGAUUCGAGGAGCUACAAGUGAACAGUUUUGAGCAGCUGUGCAUCAACUUUGCCAACGAAACUUUGCAGUUCUUCUUUCACAAAGUCAUCAUCCAACAGGAGCAGGAGGAGUACAUGCGCGAGCAGAUCGAGUGGCGCCAGCAGCCCUUCGACCACAACCGGGCCUGCCUGGACCUCAUCGGCGCAAAGCCUCACGGGAUCCUGCGCAUCCUCGACGACCAGUGUGCUUUUCCUCAGGCCACAGACCACACCUUCCUGCACAAGUGCCACUAUCACCAUGGCGACCACCCCCUCUACGUCAAGCCCAAGAUGCCGCUGCCCGAGUUCACCCUCAAACACUUUGCCGGCCAGGUCACCUAUCAGGUCCACAAGUUUCUGGACAAGAACUUUGACACGGUCCGCCAAGAUGUCGUGGAGCUUUUCAUCGGCAGCAAAAACGCACUGGUGUCCGACCUCUUCCUGACGCAUUCCGAAGCGGCGUCGCAGCAUCGGCGUGGCGCUCGGCGCUUUCAGGCCGGCACGGUGGGCGGCAAGUUCCAGAGCAGCUUGCAGGAGCUGCUGGAGAAGAUGGAGAGGUGUCGCCCUUACUUUGUGCGCUGCCUCAAGCCCAACCGGCAGAAGCAACCGGCGAUGUUUGACGCGGAGCUGGUGAGCGCGCAGCUGCGCUACUCCGGCAUCAUGGAGGCCAUCCAAAUACGCAAGGAGGGCUAUCCCGUCAGGUUGACUUUUCGCAGCUUCCUCGCCAGGUACAAAGCGCUGCUCUGCCUGAAAGAGCCGCCCGCGGCCGACGGAGAAAACUGCGUGAUCAUGCUGCGAAAGCUGGGACCCGUCAAGGUCGGCUCCUACCAGCUGGGAGUCACCAAGAUCUUCCUGAAGGAGGAUCUGCACCGGCUCCUGGAGGGCAAGCGGGACCGCGUGCUCAACGUCGCCGCCCUCACGCUGCAGCGAUACGUGCGCAUGUACUUCAUCCGCAAGAACUUUGUCAAGUUCCGACACUGCGUGACGCUGCUGCAGGCCCGAUGCAGAGGAUUCCUCGUCAGAAAGAAGUUUGCUCGCCUGCGGAAAGAUUUGGUGGCGUUAGGCGCCGGCGUGCGAAUCGUCGUCAACCGGCAGCGCUACGUCAGGACGGCGGUGGAGCCGGCCAGGAAGGCUGCGCAGGACCGCAUCAAGCGAGAAGUGGUGAACGUGACGGCGCUGCCCAUCCCCGCUCAGUUAGCGGCGCUGCUUCAGGCAACUUCAGGUGACACCGAGCUGCACCGGAACUGCCUGGCACUGGUCCAGGCUCCCAAAGUUCAGGUUGAACCACAGCUGACCUUGCCCCUGGACAUCAACGACUACCUCAUGACUCAUUACGUCCGCGCCAUUUUUAGGGAGCCGUACUUUGGGAUGCUGACAGCCCCUCUGGAGAACUCGCUGACCCGCUUGCAUCACAACUUGAAGCAAGGAGCCCUCGACGUCUUUGUUCUGAUUCUUCGUUUCAUGGGUGACCCGGAGCUGAACGGCGCUCAGGAGAACCUCUUGGGCAACUACAUCGUCCAGAGAGGGCUCGCCGACGCCGAGCUGCGAGACGAGAUUUUUUCUCAAGUGGCCAAUCAGGUUUGGAGGAAUCCCAACGCGCUGAACUGCGAGCGGGGGUGGCUGCUCAUGUCCUCCUGUCUGAGCGCCUUCCCGCCUUCCCCGAGGCUGGCCAAGCACCUGCUCAAGUUCGUGUCGGACCACGGGCCUCGGGGCUACGACGCCGUGUGUCAGCGUGCUCUGCUGCAGGCCAUGCAGCGCUGCGGCGGCGGCGGCGAGUACGCGCGCACCUACCCGCCGUGUCUGCUGGAGUGGACCGCCAACCGCCAGCGAGCGCACGCCCUGCUCCACGUGCACUGCGUUGACGGCGUGUCGGUCCCGUGUCCCGUGCACUCUUGGAGUACAGGCGAGAACGUGGCCAAAGACAUCUUGCAACACAGGGGCGUGGCCGAGGGCCGACGGGGCUGGUCGGUUCUCUUAAAGGAGUCGGCACGGUGGGUGGAGCUGGAGGGAUCGGACUAUGUCCUGGACCUGAUGUCGGACCUGGAGUUGCCCGCCCGAUUCCCCAAGCGCGACGGCUACUUUGUCAUUUCGGCGCGGGAACCGGAACGCCUUCGGGCCAACGCCGGCAUAAGUCUGCUGGGCGGCGGCUUUGACGGCAACGACGAAUUCCUCUCCGGCGAGGGCUUAGCGAGCCAGGACUCGGAGCCUCAUCGAGGGAUGGACGUCUUUUUGGAUAGCCUGUUUGACCCGGCGCUGUCCGACGGGAGCGCGGAAGCGGACCUGGCCGCACCGCUCUCCAGCAGGAUGAAGGGCCGCGGAGGAGUCGGGUGGCGAGACCAGGGCCCUUUGUGCGGCCCCCCGCCCCCACCUGGCGCUGUUCGAGUGCUUCCCUUUGGCGGUGCGAUGUCGCUUCCCGUUGCCGCCGUGGCCCCCGUGACACAGGCCCCGUCGAGCCCCCCGACCCCGGCCGACGUGAGCCCCCCCGGCAGCCCUGUGCUCCAGCGCCCCCCCGGCCCCUACGCUCGGGACAUCCCGCCCAGCCCGUACGCCAACUUCACGCCAUCCCACUACGCCACCACGGGCCCACCGUCCACUUCGUACCCCCCCGCGUCGGAGCCCCAGCCGGACCCUCAGAUGGGCGAGGCCCAAAGCGAAGCGCAGGCCGCGUCUGCUGACGACCAACAGGGCGGCGCUCAACACCGGGGAGGUCCUGCAAUUCCCAUCAACAAAGACUUUGGUGAGAACGACCACUUGACUCUCUUUCGUCUCUCCCUUUCAACGGCUUUUAUUUGGGUGUGCACUUUGCGCAUGUGUGUGUGUGAGAGAAUAGCCCCGGCGGUGACGUCUCCUGCCCCCCCUGCUGGCAAGGUGGUGAAGUACUCGUCUCAAAUUCCCGAGCAGAUUGUGCCUUGUCAGGAUAUUCAAGAAAUGAUCAGGCGCUAUAACUCUCCGCCUCCCCCGACGGAGCCGCUUCCCCCCGGGAAAAGGAGACCGGAGGGUACAUUUAAGAAGAAGCAGACGCCUCGCGACCAAGCUUUGCAGAUCUUAAAAGCGCGGACGGACAAGAGCGCAGGAAGCAGAGCGCCUCAUCGUCCGGCGCCGGUUCCUCCGGCAGUGUCCCGAGAGCUUCCGGUGGAAUCGGAGAACAUCCAAACGAGACUGCACCGGAGCGCCGAGCGGGAUCACUGCACCUACACCGACGUUCCCUGGAAACUCUACCUCAGGAAAGAGAUCUUCUAUCCCAAAGACGGCGUCGACGAUCCGACGAAUUAA